AUGGUCAGUUACAGAGUGGCUAAGGCAGGCAAGCCUCAUAAUAUUGUGGAGGAGCUGAUUGUCCCUGCUGCCAUGGACAUGGCUGAGAAAAUGUUGGGGGAAAAGGCUAAACAUACUUUGCAGAAAAUGCCUUCAUCGGACAAUACCGUGUCCCGACGGAUCAGUGACAUGUCAGCAGACGUUUUGAGACAGUUACUAUGUCGCAUACAAGCCAGUGAAUUCUAUGCAUUACAGCUAGAUGAGUCAACAGAUGUAGCAGGCCUGGCUCAGUUGUUGGUGUACGUCAGGUACAUAUAUGGAGGGUCAAUCCAUGAGGACAUCCUCUUUUGCAAAUCGUUACCGACGAGGACAACGGGGCAGGACAUUUUUGGACUCAUAGACAGUUUCAUACGAUCACACGGAAUAACCUGGACUAAAUGUGUUGGAAUAUGCACAGAUGGUGCCAAAGCAAUGACGGGGAGGCACAGCGGAGUGGUCACCCGUGUACAAGCAGUGGCUCCAGAUGCCACUUGGGUCCACUGUAGCAUACAUAGGGAAGCGCUUGCCGCCAAAGGAAUGUCAGACAGCCUGGCACAGGUGUUGGACGACACAGUAAAGAUGGUUAACUUCGUCAAAUCAAGACCCCUAAACUCGCGCAUUUUUUCCACCUUAUGCAGUGAGAUGGGCAGUGACCAUUUGACGCUUUUGCUCCACACUGAAGUGCGAUGGUUAUCCAGAGGGAAAGUUUUGGCACGCUUUUUUGAACUGAAAGACGAGCUGAAACUGUUUUUCAUCGACAAUCCUUUUCGCUUGUCAGAUAGGUUGCAUGAUGAUGAGUGGCUCACAAGACUGGCCUAUUUGGGAGAUAUCUUUGGCCGUCUAAAUGAGCUCAAUCUCGGGCUGCAAGGUCGCUCUGUGACAAUAUUCAAUGUGCGAGACAAGGUAGAGGCCACGAUUAAAAAGCUGAACUUCUGGUCUGACUGUGUCAAAGACAACGACAUUGGCGCAUUCCCAUCACUGCAGGAUUUCCUGUGUGAAAACGAGCUACGGCUUGCCGACAUUGUCAGAUGUGACAUACGGAAACACCUUGGCGACUUGGCAGCGCAAUUACGCAAAUACUUCCCCGAAACAGAAGACCACGACACAUGGAUUCGUAAUCCUUUUUCGUCACCCAGCACAUGCCAGCUUCCUAUGCUGGAGAGAGAGAGCCUCAUUGAAAUAUCCACGAACGGGUCGGUCAGAAUCGAGUUCGGUCAGAAGACACUGACAGACUUCUGGAUUAGUUUGCGGGCAGAGUAUCCGGACCUGGCAAACCGAGCGAUUAAGACGUUGAUGCCUUUUGCUACAACAUAUUUAUGCGAGACUGGAUUCUCAGCUUUGGUCUGCCUUAAGACCAAGUAUAGGUACAGACUGUUUGUGGAAAACGACCUAAGACUGAAACUGUCCCCAAUUCGGCCUAACAUCGCUGCAUUGUGUAAGAACAUCCAGGCACAUCCCUCACAUUAA